UGUAAGUGGCGUAGGGCAGGGUGUUAGGGCGGGGGAGUAUUUUGCAGGGCAGUUUCCCACAUUUGCUUUGAGUAAAGCUUAUAAAAUAAUUUGUCGCAGCACGAUCUAGCAAGUAAACAAAGCUUUAUAUCCAUCAAGGUGAGUUACCUGAUCUCGAAGUGGAAAGUAUCUUCAUCUCCUACAUAAGGCAUCAUGACUGACAGGAAGGCAGUAAUCAAGAAUGCUGACAUGUCUGAGGACAUGCAGCAGGACGCAGUGGACUGUGCUACCCAGGCCAUGGAGAAGUACAAUAUAGAGAAGGACAUUGCGGCCUACAUAAAGAAGGAAUUUGACAAGAAGUAUAACCCAACAUGGCAUUGCAUUGUUGGGAGGAACUUCGGCAGCUACGUCACUCAUGAGACAAAGCAUUUCAUCUACUUCUAUUUGGGGCAGGUGGCCAUCCUCCUCUUCAAGUCCGGCUGAGUUCUCUGAGGCCUGGAGUGCCUCUCCUCCCAACCUGGACUGUAAUGCACUGGUGGCUGAUGUCACAACUUCUCACACACUUCAAAUAUUAAAAUGAAAACAUACCAUGAUGAUACACAACUGGCUGUGCGCAACUGCAUGGACUAAGAUGUACCAUAUUUAAUGUGUAUAUGUUACAGUACAAAUACUACUUUCACUAGUUGCCAUAAAAUGCAACUGGAAGAGAUUUUUGUUAAUGCUGUUCUACAUUUUGUUAUACUUAAGUUGUAAAUGCUUUAACAGUGGCCUUUGAUUGUAUAAUAAAGGAAAGCUAGAGAAUGUAGUUGUGCAUCUGCUUCACCCCAGAGAGCUGUUUUGUUUUGUGACUCCUGUGCUACUGUUUGAAUGUGCUUAGUUGCUCUAGACAUUGAACUACUACAGCAGUUUGUAACGCCUGUAUAUUGCCAGAGGUACAAUUGAGACUAGCACAAUCUAUUUGGACACAUCUUCCCAGAUUUGCAAUUGCUGUUAUCGAUCCCAUUUCCCAGUCAUAACUCAUAGGUAUAAUGUCUCAUCUGGCAUAGUGAGGGUGUUGGCAAUGUCCUAUUGCUAGUUGAGUUCCUAUGUUAACAUGCAGAUGUUUUUAGAAUGGUGGCUUGGCUGUUCCAUUUGCAGAGGAUUGACACCAUCCAUACUUGAACCUAUUCUGGCUGUGCAACAAAGGACUGAAUGUUGAAAUUCGGGUCCUUUUGUAGACUUGCAUAUCUUAGUGAUUUGUUUAACUGUAUCUACUUUGUUGGUAGUUUCUAUUCUGUUUAUUGUUUGAUGCAAAUUUCUAUAUGAUUUGCACAGGCAUACCUCUUCUCUCUGCAUGGGAGUACAACUGCACUUCACUGAAGGAAUAAUUGGGUUUUUGGCAAUGAGGCCCUGUAUCUACUUCCUCAGCCGAAUGUGUGGAUUCCUUUUGUUGGACCAGUAUGAAGGAAGUUGGAGAUAGUUUGGCAAGCUAAUUAGUGUUGGUGCAAUCAAUGGAAGUUGCUAGUAGAUACCAUAUACUUCCAAACAUUGCUUUAAUGCAUCUAAAUUACAUCCAUGAGUUCUGACUUUAGGGAAUUAAAUGAAGGGCCUCAUUACCAAAAUCCCAAAGUAUCCCUUUAAAGGGGUAAAGUUCAACUUUAAUUUAGUCAAUAAAAUGUUUAAUCAAGUCA